AUGCAAAAAAUCGCCAGAAAAUUGGAAGCUACGCAAUCCCUGCUGAAAAACUUCUCCACCAACAUACGGAAAACGGCAAAAAGCAAGCAAACAAAAGGUUUCUUCACUGCCAGAAAGAAUCUCUUGGAAAGUUACUGGACGCAGUACAAGGAAGCUCGAGAAGAUUUGUUGGCCAAUAUUUAUGACGGUGCAAAGGUGGAAGAAGUGAGUGACACAAUAAAAGCGUUAGUUAGCGAAGACAGUUACAUGGAAAUUGAAAUAAUUUAUUCGGAAAUGAUGGGAGAGCUAAUCGAUGAGUUAGAAAGCACUGAAGUUAUAGAAUCUCCAGGUAAUAACGAAACUGUAAUUAAAGGUGUGUCAAGCAUGGAACUGACGUCUAAUUUACCACGUAUUAAAAUUCCGUCGUUUGAUGGUAAUUAUCUGCACUGGUACGCAUUUAAGGAUUUAUUCACGUCAGUUGUAUCAAAUAACGUUGCAUUGUCUAAUACACAGAAACUUCAAUAUUUAAAAGAUGCGUUAGUGUUGGACGCUCAACACGCCCUAGACAACAUUACUACAACAGAUGCACAUUGGGCAGUAGCAUGGAGUUUACUCGUCCGCAAGUAUGAGAACAAGAGGAUCAUUCUUAAUGCGUAUUUAAAACAAAUUGUUAAUUUAACAACGGUGUCUGAUGGGUUACCAAAUAGUUUACGCUUGUUAUGUGACACCAUCACGUCAGCUGUGCGUGCGUUAGAGCAAUUGGGUCGUCCAGUGCAGCAUUGGGACGAUUGGUUGGUCUUUACCCUUCUCCAAAAAUUAGACACGAAAACACGCUCAGCUUGGGAGCUGUCAACAACCAGUUUAGAACAAAUUCCAAAAUUUGAGGAGCUGGUCAGUUUCUUAGAAAAUCGAAUACAUUCGCUGGAGGUAGUUAAUAGCAUGACCGAUAACUCUAAUCAGGAGAAAAAGUUUGUAACACCUAUCAGAACAAAGGGGUUCGUGAAAAGCCAUCAUACCACUGUUCAACAAUGCGUGCAUUGUCAAGGUAAGCAUUUACUGGCAUAUUGCGCAGAAUUUCGGCAAAUGACUGGGACAAAGAGAUAUGAGGUAGUCAGAUCUGCAAGAUUGUGUUUCAAUUGUUUGAGAACGGGACACAUGGGUCAUAAUUGUCCAUCGAAAUAUCGGUGUCUGCGAUGUAAUGCAGCGCAUCAUACAUUACUACAUGACCAUAGUGGAAGUGGUGGAGAAACUAAUUACUCAAAUAUACCGGAAAAGACCACUGAAGCGACUAAGAAAUACGCUGUCACAUCAAAUAAUACAUACAUUUCCAGUGCUAAUCAAGGUGCUCGAACUUUACAUCUACAGACUGUUUUAAUUGGCACUGCAUUGAUAGAGGUAAGGAGUCCUUCUGGUCAGAAGCUUAUUGUGCGAGCUCUUUUGGAUAGCGCGUCGGAAGCAACGUUUGUCAGCGAAUUCAUCGUGCAGCGGUUAAAACUGGACAAAACAAAUGUCAUAGUGCCGGUGAGUGGUGCAAAUGGUGAAAGGGUCGCCAAUUCAAGAGGAAUGGUUUCAUUUACAAUCCAUUCGUUAAAAUCCGAUUUCAACAUGAAUUGUGUUGCACUAAUACUUCCACGAGUGGGUAGCGUUACCCCAACCAUUCCCAUACCGAAAGAAGCGCUUGGUGAGUUCAUGAAUUUAGAUUUAGCUGAUCCUCAAUUACAGGUUCCGGGGGCAGUCGAUAUGAUUUUGAGCGCUUCAGAUUAUGCUGCUAUUGUCUAUGAGCGACUAAAACGGCAUCCAACUAACAAUAUUGUUGCCCAAUAUACGCAACUCGGUUGGGUAAUUUUUGGUGGACUGUCGCGACGAAAGGGUAUUUCAGUGAAAGGACAAGUUAAUUGCUGUCAUACUCGGGCAACAUUGCACGAAAUGCUACAUAAAUUUUGGGAAUUGGAAGAAAUAACAAACCACGCUCCGUUAACAAAAGAUGAAAUGUACUGUGAAGAUUUUUUUUGA